GAAGAAGGAGUUGGUUUUCUUAGGAAGCCAGUCGCCAUUCUCUUCCGCUUGAAUGUACAACGCGAUGACUGCCGAAGUGAGCCCACUUUCCUCCCCCGCCGCGGCGCUCGACUCUCCCCGCAUCAAACUGCUAGCCAUCGGCGAUGUUGGCGUGGGCAAGAGCUGCGUCAUCAAGCGCUACUGCGAGGGCCGCUUCGUGACCAAGUACAUCCCCACCAUUGGCAUCGAUUUCGGUGUGAAGAAGGUGGAGGUGAACAAGGCCGCCGUCCUGCAGCGCCGGUCAGGCAGCUCCGCCGGAGCGUCAGGGGGCGGCGGCAGUAAUAGCAGCAGCAGCAGCAGCAUUCCUGCCGCGGUACGCGUGAACUUCUGGGACGGCUCCGGCGAUGACGACUACCGCGAAAUCCGAAACGAGUUCUACGACGCUGCGCAGGGGAUUCUCCUCUUCUACGACGUCCGCGAUGCGCGCAGCUUUGAAAACCUGCAGACGUGGUGGGACGAACUCGGCACCUACUGUGAAGGGUUGGCGGCGCGGGAGAAGAAUGCCGCACCGGACGGCAAGCGGCAGUCCGUCACGCCGAUGACCGUCACGGGCAACACCGCGGCGGGUAAGGCGGUGGGGAACAACGAGGGCAAGGCGCCCAUCGUGGUGCUCUGCGCGAACAAGGCGGAUGACACGGUCGUCGGUGGGACAGGCAGCGCUGCGCGAGAGACGCGGGUGGUGACGGAGGAGCAAGGCCGGGCGUGGGCCAAAGCGCACGGCUGCGCCGGUUACUACGAGACCAGCGCGAGCACGGAGAAGAACGUCAAGGAAGCCGUUGAGGACCUCGUGACGCAGGUGGUGGCCACGUUUAUGUGA